UUGUUGUUGUUUUCUUUAAAUGGGUGACGUGCACGUCUUACAAAAAUUGUUAAUAAUAUUAACUAUUAACUAGACUAGCCGGUCGCAAUCAAUGCAGUAGGCGGAGAGAGAGAGCGCUAAAGAGAGACAGUGAGCCAGCGACUGUGUAUGUGAGAGAGAGACUGCAGAGCGUGCAGACUUCUCCAUCCUAAAAACAAAUCCUCACCCUCAUAAAAAUAAAAAAGAAGAUGGGUAUCAAUGUCAGCAGGACAGCGGAUCUAUCGUCUAAUGAGUGGCUUCAGCGAUUUGUGGGUCGCCAACACAUUGCCCACGAUGAUGAGGUCUAUUGGAAUCAGUUGCUCAACUACAACAUUGUCUUGCCGGAGACCAGUCAGGACCAAUUAAAUCUGGAUUCGAGACUAGAGUCGUUAUGCCAAUCGUUUAUUGGUCAUAAUCUGAAGACGGGUAACUUUGGCUCUUUGGUCACCGUGUUUCUAGAGAAGACCAGCGAGCUGUUGUCUCUAUCUGAUCAGGAAAGCAAUCUGCAUGUGUGGCAAACCUUUAAUGCUUUGUUCAUAAUACGCAGCCUGGUCAAGUAUAUCAAUGAGACGGGUUCAGAGUUUCAAUUGCUGCAGCAUUUCGAGGCUAUGCCUAGUGCCGAGUUAGCGGCAGUCGAGACGGCAUCAAUUGCCAUAGAAGCUACCACCAAUGAACAGGCAGGGGCAGCGGCAGCGCCGCUGGCUCCCAUCAUUGUGGAUGGAGCUAAGUUUGAGACUUUCAUUGAUGCCCUGGUCAAUUUGAUAGUGGUGAUUCCGGUGAAAGAGUUCACCUAUCAUCUUCAUUUGGAGGCCGUCAAUAUGUUGAUUACCCUGCUCUCGGUGCAUUUGUUUGCCCCACAACCAAGUAUGGACAAAUCCCUGGUCUUUCGCACUGUUUUCAAGUGCCAGCAUGCCAAUGUCCUGAUGUCGGCUCUCCUGCAUUUUGUGUCCCGCCUGAAUGAAGUGCCACACACCAUGUUUGGCUCCAGUUCGGCUGGCUCCUUUGUCUUUGGCAUUGCCGAAUCUUUGCUAUCGAUAUUUUCGUUUCGCAAGUCACAGGAUUUACUGAAACCCACAAAUCAAGCCGUGGGCGCUAGUUCCAGCCUAGAGAUCUGUCAGCAAUUUCGCUCUCAUUACCCAUUGGCCAAUCAGAGUCUUUUGCUCAUUCUGAUAUUGACCAAUCAUUGUACAUCGCAAGAGAAUCCCUAUCGAACGAGUCUCUUUGGAUGCGCCGACUCAAAGGAUUCGCCGCGAUCGCAACAACAGCAGUCACCAGUAUCAUUUCAAAUAGAUUUCUCUGCCGUCUAUGAGACACUGAGUCGCAUUGUAACCAUCGAUCAGGCCACAUUAUUGUUAUAUUUACUUCUACAUCGGAAUGAGCGUUUCUAUCGUUUUGUGAUGCAACAACAGGAUUUGGAACAUUUGGUCAUACCCAUUCUACAGACAUUGUACAAUGCUCCCGAUAGCAAUUCACAUCACAUUUACAUGUCCUUAAUUGUUCUUCUCAUACUCAGCGAGGAUGAGGGCUUCAAUAAGAAUGUUCACACAAUUAUGCUAAAGAACAUAUCGUGGUAUACAGAGCGUACUAUAUCGGAAAUUUCAUUGGGUGGCAUUCUCAUACUGAUUGUUAUACGAACCAUACAAUAUAACAUGCUAAAGAUGAGGGAUAAAUAUUUACAUACAAAUUGCCUGGCAGCAUUGGCCAAUAUGUCUGGACAUUUUCGUGCCCUUCAUCCAUAUGUGGCGCAACGUUUGGUGUCUCUCUUCGAGACACUGGCACGUAAACACACACGUUUGGAUGCCCAACUAAAAGAGCCUGCAUUGACCAUUAAUUCGCACUCAACCAGCACGGAACAGGAUGGAAACGCUUCGACGACGUCAAUUGAAGGCGGCAGCGGUGCCAAUGUGUUUGUCAAUAUGUCUGGAAGCACACCGGAGGAUAUGCUGCAGGAUUUAAGCGUUUUAGAGGAAGUACUGCGCAUGGUAUUGGAAAUAUUAAACUCCUGCCUGACAAAUCAAUUGGUCUAUUGCCCAAAUUUGGUUUAUACGCUACUCUAUAAGCGAAGUGUUUUCGAGAGCUUCCGCAGUCAUCAUGCCUUCCAGGAUGUUAUACAGAAUAUCGAUAUGGUGGUUGGUUUCUUCUCCUCACGCUUGCAACGUGUCCAAGAGCAACGCGGCGAAUUGGGGGUAAAUGAGGUGCUCGAGGUGAUAUCUAAGGGAGCCAGCCAAUGGUCCAGCGAUCGUUUAAGGAAAUUUCCCGAUCUUAAGUUUAAGUAUGUCGAGGAGGAUGCUCCCGAAGAGUUUUUCAUUCCGUAUGUCUGGACGUUGGUCUGCAAAUAUGGCUGUGUGCAUUUCAGUUCGGAGAGCAUUAAAAGUGUUACCACAGAUAUAGCCUGCUAAUAGUAUGCCACGCCUACAAAUGCACCCUCACACACACAGACCAUCUAAUUUUAGCUUCCUGAACGUACUAAAGUAAAAUCUAAUCCAAAGCCAAAAAAGUUGAUUUCCCUGUGUACAUCUUCUCGUUGACUCUACUAUAUAUACAUAUAUAUAUACUACACCCAUAAAAAGACCGAAAAGUUAAGCUCCACUAAACGCCUAUUGAUCGAUUCAACUAAACUAAACUAAAAAAAAAAGAGAUAAAUUGAAUAUAUUAAUAUAUUUACAAUGUAUAUGUUAGUUCUAUGAUAUUUAUAUAUAUAUAUAAAUAUGUAUAUGUAUGAAUUAUAUUUAGCAAUUGGAAGAAAUGUCUAUAAAUUAUAUAUUAACUAAAGUUGA